UGUAUCAGUCGACCGAUACGGUUUGAAGUGAUCUUUGUUCGCCAGUAAAUACACAGACCACGGGAAAAAUGAAACCGAUGGUGGUGUUGUUCGCUCUUGCCUCCGUGGCUUGCGGUUCGCUGCUGCCGCUCGCGCAGCCGCCGCACCAUCCCGCGCUGGUGCUGGACCCGCACGGCCGCCCGCUGGACACCGCUGAGGUCAUCGGCGCCCGCGCCCUGCACCUGCAGGCCAAGGCUCUAGAGCAUCACGCGCCCCUCGUGCACGCCGUCGCGCCCAUCGCCCACUCCGUCGUGGCCCCUGCUGUGGUCGCCCACGCCCUGCCCGCCGCCGUCUCGCACCAGUCCCGAAUCGACGUGCACUCCAGCCCCGCCGUCGUCGCCCACGCUCCUUUGGUCACCGCUCACGCCGCGCCUCUACUCGGAUACUCCGCGCAUGGUCUGGCUGCCCAUGGAAUCGCUGGACACGGACACUGGCUGAAGAAGCGUUCCCUCGGACACUACGCUCUGGCUGCCCCCAUCAUUGCCCACGCGCCUGCUGCCACCUCCCACCAGUCCCGUGUGGAUGUCAUCUCUAGCCCCGCCGUCGUGUCCCACGCCGUGCACGCUGCACCCGUGCUCGGUCACGCCGUGCACGCCGCCCCGGUCGUCGCUCACGCCAUCGCUCCCUCCGCCGUGUCUCACCAGUCCCGCGUGGAUGUCCACAGCAGCCCCGCCGCUCUGGAGCACCACGCGCCCGUCGUGCACGCCGUCGCGCCCCUCGCUCACUCCGUUGUGGCCCCUGCUGUGGUCGCCCACGCCCUGCCCGCCGCCGUCUCGCACCAGUCCCGCGUCGACGUGCACUCCAGCCCCGCCGUUGUUGCCCACGCUCCCUUGGUCACCGCUCACGCCGCGCCUCUGCUCGGAUACUCCGCACACGGUCUGGCCGCCCAUGGCCUCGCUGGACACGGACACUGGCUGAAGAAGCGUUCCCUCGGACACUACGCUCUGGCUGCCCCCAUCAUCGCCCACGCGCCCGCUGCCACCUCCCACCAGUCCCGUGUGGAUGUCAUCUCUAGCCCCGCCGUCGUGUCCCAUGCCGUGCACGCCGCGCCCGUGCUCGCUCACGCUGUGCACGCCGCUCCGGUCGUCGCUCACGCCAUCGCUCCCUCUGCCGUGUCUCACCAAUCCCGUGUGGAUAUCCACAGCAGCCCCGCCGUGGUCUCCCACGCCGCCUACGCUCCCGUCGCGCACAGCGUGCUCGCCGCUCCCCUGGCACACUCUGGUCUCCUUCACGGUGCCCCCCUGCACCACUCUGCCCAUCUCGCUCACUCCAGCCCCCUUGUUCACGCGUGGUGAAAAGCGUAACUGGCGAACACCAAAUAAUUAAUAUUAAAACUAAAUUAUGUGAACACCAUUUAUAUUUUGUAUUAUAAGUUUAACUACAA